GCUGACAGAUGGGUUGAACACAUCUUCAACCACUGUUCCUAUAGCUGAUGAGGACGCAGUGAAUCUCUCAUCCCUGAACGGCUCGCCUGGCGUGAAUGGUUCGAAUUCUAAUGUGGUACCAGAGGUGGUCUCGGUCCCUGAGUGACCCAUUGCUCCAGCAGAUGGGAGACCUGCGAUCUGCUUUUUGUUUAUGCCAAAGUUCGGAGAUGCAGGGUGUGCCUGGUCGGCAAAUUCAGACACCUUAUGUCGGACACCUUGAACCCAACAGAACCGAUUUCAACAAGGAAAUGAAUGUAGGGCCGGAUGCAAAUCUCAAGUUCCCGUCUGGGAGGCAGUGGAAUGGACUUGCGUCGCAGUAUUGCACCCAACCUCGGAAUGUGCCUGACGGAGAUAGAACUGCGAUAUUGUCUGGCCCUUCUUCUCGCUCGCACGCCAUCGGCUAAUGGCAACCGAGCAGUCGGUCCACCUGGUAACAUGGGUAGCGCUGUGAUGCACGUCGGUCAAUACAUGCCCUGCUUACUUUGGUUACC